CGCACCAGUUUCUGUUGCACACCGACCAUCGCGGCAUCGUGGAAACGCUCGCUCGUGCCUUGUGCUUUAUCAUCCGGCCCUUUCUCCCGACCCGCGACCAUACCCUCCCCUUCAUCCCUGGUGACCGACAAAUUUUCCAGCGUUUUCCCAAGAGGUAAAAUCGAUCAAAUUUUCGUUAAGUUUAACAGUGGCAGUUUCAAGAUUCUAAGGAGUGCGGUUCCGACCCAUGCAUCAGUUGUCCCGCGGUGAUCGGUAAAAAUCCACCGGAAGCGCUUCGAGAUGAACUCGAUCGGCUACUGCUACGACCGUCUCCUAUGAGUGCGGCCCCAAGCAUGGGAUCCAAGUUCAAAAUAAAGUUCAAACUUUUCCGAUAGCUAGUUGGGGUCGAUCGGUGCGAGAAGCGGAAUCAAAAAGUCUUAGUUCUUACGACCAUGGUGCCAUCCUCGGUUAGCAGCAGCUGAUACAGGUCGAAUUGUAAAUCGAAUCGUUUCCGAGCGCGAUGAAUGUGUUGUGAGUCGGUGUCGGAAUUUGCGCGGGAAAAUCGAGCCGCGUGCGUGCGCGCCGAAAAGUUGGCGCAGCCGCGAUGCAAUGGAUUACCACUUUGAUUCACACGCUUGUCUCGCUUGUUUUCAUCAGUCUAAUUCCAGGUAGCAGCAGUUUAUUUUGGAACACGAUGGAUAUCAGAUAUUGGCGGUGCAUAAUCAAGAAAGGAAGCCAUUGUCCAGAUGAUGAUAUCAGAAUAUAUCUUUAUUCCAGUGAAAUCAGGGUAAAGAGACGGAUAGACGUGAACCAUCCAUUCUCGCUGCACAUGAACGGCUGGGAUCCGGAGAAAAGAAACGUCAUCAUAAUUCACGGGUUCAACGGGACCGAAGGCAAAACGCCCAUGACCUUCAUUAGAGACGCUUAUUUAAACCGGGGCGACUACAAUGUGUUCACAGUAGACUGGAAACCUCUGUCCAAGUUUCCGUGCUACCUAUCGUCGCUGAGUAACACUAGGCUGGUGGCUCAGUGCACGGCGCAGUUCUACUCGCACUUAACUCACUCAGGAGCCUCCGCAUACGACACCCAUUGUGUCGGCCAUAGUUUAGGUGCUCAUAUUUGUGGAAUGAUGAGCAAUCAUUUAACUCACCGAUUACACAAAAUUAUAGGUUUAGAUCCAGCGCGGCCGUUGGUGGAUCGGUACGGAUCUCGGGCGUUCCGUCUGACUCGGGACGACGCCAACAUCGUGCAGGUGAUCCACUCGAACGCUGGGUUCCUCGGCGAGACGGCCCAGGUCGGGCACGUGGACUUCUGCGUCAACGGCGGCCGCAUGCAGCCCAACUGCCGCAACGAGCCCCGGCGAAUACGUAUGGCUCGAUGUAGUCAUUUCAUGAGUGCUUGCUACUUUGUGGCCACGAUAUCUGAUAGAGGCAAAAGGCAUAAAGCAUAUCCUUGCAACACAGCUUGCACGAGAAGGCUGCCUGGACCCUUAGGAAGUGCAUUGGUGCCAAUGGGAGAACACACUCCAGACGGCAUCCAAGGAACAUAUUGUAUACAAAUGAGAGCUAGUCGGAAGUGUCCAUUCGACUAACAAGUCUCUCCUCGAGUGAGCGGAAUCAACCUUUUUACGUGCCUGAUAUUUAUAAUGUAACGCGAGUUUCUCGUGGAGCCACCAUGAAAAUUCAGCAACAGGACCAAAAAACAAGAUGCAUUCACCAGCAACUUGCCCCCCAAAAAAGGUGAAUAAUGAUAACUCCAUGGUAGAUACUGUGUAGGUAAAAUCAUGUCCAGUUACUCGGUGUCGAACACCAAAAUACACAACAGUUUCAUUCUAGUAUUACAAAAUUGCUUCGACCUUCAUUUUUUUCUCACAAACACUGCCAAAGUAAAUGAAACAAAAUAUUCAAAAGUAAAUUUCAGGGAAAAUUUAGUGAAUGUUUUAAAGUGCGAAGAAAAUUUUUUGUGAUUUCCCAAGGUCAUAAAUGGACAUUUUCCCCCGAUUUUUUAAUAAUUAGCAAUAAUGAAUAUAAAUAUUCUGUUAUGUAAUUCUUUGAUGUACUCACAAAAAUUUAGAAAUAUGUGCCUAUUGUGGUAGAGACACUUCUGCCUCCAAAAUUUCACACAAUCUAAUGGAUGUAUCCUGUUUGUUGAUCCUGUUGGUCACUUUAGUCAGAUUUUAAAACUUAGUUAAUGUUUUCAGUCACAUUUAAUUUAAGUUUACUUGUCUAAAAUAGAGGAAAGAAUUUUUUUACGCUUGAUAUUUUUUCCUAAAUAUUCUUGCAAGGUCAUGUUCACCACUAAAUGAUAAUUUUUAGGCAUUAAAUAGGGCUGGAAUAGACUAAGCUGCAAAUUCCAAUAACUUAUACAGUAAGAAUAUGUUUUACAGGUCUUCUUUUGUAAUUAUACAGGUAGAUUUUUCAGAUUUAAGUCUCAUAAGAAGGGUUGUAGUACCUAUCUGAUUAACGAUCUGAAUGCUGCAAACUUUUGUAUCAAUGGCUUGUUAGUUGCCUACAGCAUUAAAUUUCCAGCUUUUGGUCCAUUAUUUGCAGAAUUUAAAUAUGAAAUAAGAGGAUCAGUGGAAAUGAGUUUUCUCACAAAUGUCAUAAAAAAAAACAAAAAAAUAACAUACUCAUAAUAUAGAAUAUGUAUUAAUAUUCCCCCUCUUCCUUGAUUGUCCUUCCUGAAUUUACAGGACUCUCUGAUAGUAUAAGAUCAUGAAAAACCACAUUUUUGACAAGGAAAACUUAGUAAUUCGCUCUUCCUGCUUAUUUUCCAGAAAAAAGUUAGAGUAGCCUGAAAAUUUGAUUUUUUUCUGAAUUUCAUAGACACCUCAGGAUCACUCCUGUAUUGUGGCAUUUCCAUGGAUUCAGAUAAUGUUGCUGUUGAGAGAUAUUUUUUCCAGCAGAUCUAUCUACUUAAAUUAAUAAUACCUCCACAAAAAUGUUGCAGAUUUUUGUUGCUUUAGUUUUAUCUGAUGUAUUUUUAGUGCAAUUUUUACAAAACUGUUAGAGAAUAAGAUGUGUUUCUUCAACGAUCCCUCCAAAUGAUUCAUCAGUAGUUAGUAAAAAAUGUGACAAAAUAAUUACUGUAAGUUUAAACUUCUUGCCUUAAUAAGAUGUGUUUCUUCAACGAUCCCUCCAAAUGAUUCAUCAGUAGUUAGUAAAAAAUGUGACAAAAUAAUUACUGUAAGUUUAAACUUCUUGCCUUUUAUAAUUUCUAUUUUUGCGAUCAAUUUGUUCAUUGUAAUUCGUAACCUGCCUAUCUUGAAUGCAUUGACUAACAAUUGGCCACAGCAUGCCUUUUUUAUAAAGAUCUGAUCUGUAGCUCUUAGGGCAGGUAAUCAAAAUCCUUUGUUCCGUUUACUAUAAGCUACCAUAACUUGUGCCACUGAAACAAAUAUUCUCUUAGUCAUCAAUACUUUGUGAAGAUAUGAAAGUCAACAAUAAAACAAUUCAGCUGAUAAAAA